UUGAGCUGUGAGCUCUUCUUCCUCAAUUCUCGUCUCUGAAGCUCUACUCUCAGGACAACGGCUACUGCUCUACUCCGGGACGGCGGCAAAGCCCUAAACCCCAGAGACAAAGGAUAGGAUGGAUCCAUCCUCCCUCCCGAAACCUCCAUUGAAACCAUCCCAAAUCAUCGAAACCAUCACUUCCAUUCUCAUUGCCGACAACACCCGUCUUCAUUCUCUCACCCCAUACAUCCCCCAUCUCACUCCAUCCCUAAUCCUCUCCAUCCUCUCCUCCAAAACCCUAGCUUCUCGUCCCUACACCGUCCUCUCCUUCUUCAAAUGGUCCCAACACCACAUCCUCAACUUCUCUCGCAAUCCCACAGACGCCCUCCCUUCCCUUCUCACUGUCCUCCCUUCCCUUUUCCGCUACAACAAGUUCUCCGAUGCCAAAUCCCUCAUUGUUUAUUUCAUUACCUCCGAUCGCCGCCAUGAUCUCCUCCGCUCUAUCCUCCACACGCCCCGGAACCUCCCCGCCCCGUCAAAAGCCCUCCUCGAUACCGCCAUUGGGGCCUACGUCCAGUCGGGUCGCCCCCACAAUGCCACCCAAAUUUUCAAGAAAAUGAAGCGGCUCCGCCUCCGCCCAAAUCUUCUUACGUGUAAUACGCUGCUCAAUUCUUUGGUAAGAUACCCAUCUCUGCAUUCAAUUUCGUUUUCUAGAGAGAUUUUCAAUGACGCGAUUAAACUGGGGGUUGCUCCAAACACGAGCACUCUUAAUAUAUUGAUGUAUGGGUAUUGUUUGGAGAAUAAAUUUGAGGAUGCUAUGGAGUUUCUGAAAUCAAUGGGAGAAUAUGGUUGUUCCCCGGAUAAUGUGACUUACAAUACAUUAUUAGAUGCACUGUGUAAGAAGGGUCGGUUGAAUGAAGCCCGAGACUUGCUGUUGGAUAUGAAGAAUAGAGGAUUGAUGCCAAAUAGAAAUACCUAUAAUAUUUUGGUUUAUGGGUAUUGUAAGUUGGGGUGGUUGAAGGAAGCAGCUAAGAUAAUUGAGUUGAUGACUCAAAGUAAUUUAUUGCCGGAUAUUUGGACCUAUAACAUGUUGAUUAAUGGUUUGUGUAAUGAGCAAAGAGUGGAUGAAGCUUUCAGGCUGCGAGAUGAAAUGGAGAACUUGAAAUUGCUGUCUGAUGUCGUCACUUAUAACACUUUGAUUAAUGGGUGUGUUGAGCUGGGAAGAAGUUCACAGGCAUUCAGAUUGCUAGAAGAGAUGAGUGAAAAGGGGGUUAAAAUGAAUGCUGUCUCCCACAAUAUAAUGGUUAAGUGGUUUUGUCGGGAAGGGAAGAUGGAUGAAGCAAGGAAUGCUGUUCGGAAGAUGGAAGAAAGUGGGUUUCCCUCAGAUUGCAUUACUUACAAUACUUUAAUUGAUGGUUAUUGUAAAGUCCGGAACAUGGGAGAAGCUUUCAAAAUGAUGGAUGAGAUGGGUAGAAAGGGUUUAAAGAUGGAUAACUUUACCUUAAAUACCAUUCUUCACACACUCUGUGGGGAGAAGGAGCUUGGCAAGGCCUACGAGUUGCUUAAUAUUGCUAGUAAGCGGGGUUAUUUUCUUGAUGCUGUGAGCUAUGGCACUUUGAUCGUGGGAUAUUUUAAGGAAGAAAAAGUAGACAAGGCUUUGAAGCUUUGGGAUGAGAUGAAAGAGAAAGGGGUCAUUCCAGAUAUUGUCACAUAUAAUUCUAUAAUUGGAGGGCUCUGCAAGUCAGGAAAAACUGAACAAGCAAUCAGCAAGUUGAAUGAACUUCUAGAGAAUGGACUGGUCCCGGAUGAAACCACAUACAACACAAUUAUUCAUGGGUAUUGCCAGAAAGGAGAUGUUGAGAAAGCAUUUCAAUUUCACAACAAAAUGGUUGAAAAUUCAUUCAAACCAGAUGUAUUUACAUGUAAUAUUCUUCUUUCCGGGCUUUGUAAGGAAGGGAUGCUAGAAAAGGCUCUUAAGCUCUUCAACACAUGGAUCUCAAAAGGGAAAGAAAUUGAUGCAGUUACCUACAACACAUUGAUAACAAGCCUAUGCAAAGAAGAAAAAUUUGAGGAUGCUUUUGAUCUUCUCACAGAAAUGGAGGAAAAGAAACUAGGGCCCGACCAUUAUACGUAUAAUGCCAUUCUCAGUGCCCUUACUGAGGCAGGUAGGAUUAAGGAAGCUGAGGAGUUUAUGUCAAAGAUGGUUGAAGCAGGUAAAUUACCUGAUCAGUCCUUACAAAAGGACAAGUGUGAAGAUGUGAAGAUUAGGGAAUUUCAGGAGGAAUCUGAUCCAAGUUCUAUAGCUUACUCAGAGCAGAUCAGUAAGCUCUGUACUGGAGGGAGAUUCAGGGAUGCAGUGCGUGUUUUGGAGGAGCUGACACAAAAAGGAAUUGCUGUAAAUAAAUCUACCUACAUUACUUUGAUGGAUGGGUUCAUCAGGCAUCGAAAAAGCAUAUCAAAAGAAGCCUGAUAAUAGUCCAUCAUUGUUGAGACAAUCCUCUUAACAAUGUAAACAGUCGACCUCAUCAUCUUGUGUCGUGUGAAUUCAGCCACUAGUGUACCAGGAAAAUGUACAGCUUCAUGUUGAAUAUACUGCUGUCAAGCCUUUGCAUGUCAGUGAUGUCAUUCAGGACUGGUGAACUGGCAGGACAAAACUUUGGAGAUUGAGAUGAUUUGCUUGAUAUAGUUGUGGUCUUGUCAUCUGUGCAAAUAACAAGGUUCUUCCAGUUUCAUCCAAGCAUGUGGAAAUAUUCUUAUAGCCAUCUUCAUCAAUAGCUGAUUGUAAAUGCAAGCCCCUCCGACAUUCAAACAUUUUAGAGCACGAUCAGUGGUAAAGUUCAAUUUUGCUUAUGCAGACUGCUGAAAUAUCUGGGUUGAUAUUUCAUACUUAUGGGUCAAGGUGAAUGCAUGAGUGCCUUAAGUAGGGGGGAACAAGGACUUUGAAGGCAAGGAUGCUAGGUUCGUCCAUGGCAAGCUGAGCUGGCAAGUGGAUGAUGUAAAUUCCUAGCUCAGCAAAAUUCACAAUGAUGUACAUUCCUAGCUCAGCAAAAUUCACAUUUUUUUGGCGAGGCCUCAAAAUCCAGCUCGCCCGUUGUCUAGGAGAGGUGUAACUAUUUAGUAUCAUGGCCGCCAUUUAACCCACUGUGACCAAGUUGGGGGAUCAUAUGAAACCCGCUUGCUACACGGUUUCCUUAUGGAAAUGUCUUUCCUUUCCUAUUUCAGACUGAAUGGAGUUUGCAUGGACAAUCUCUUCGUACUGUAUUGCAUUCCUCUACAAUUUGAAUUAUAUUCCCAUUGCAUUCAUCUUA